ACCGGUGCCAGUGCCGCUGGCAGCUUCUCUGAGUGUCCUUCCAUCUCGCACUCACUCCAGCUCAGUAAAAGGGGCCUCAUCCCUGCUUCCCAGAUGCUGAAGCCUUCCUCUUCAGUAACUUGGGAGCCCCCAUUUCUCCUUUCCUCCACCUCCCCUUUAUCAUGAUCUCACGUUUCUUUCUUCUCUGUGUUCCCCCCUUUCAGAGUCUCCUGUCCCCCACUGCCAGUCUCCCUGCCCCCCAGUUGCUGUCUCUCUCCUCCACCGCUGUCUCCUGUCCAGCCUGCCUGGGCUGCGUCCCAGCCACCCUGCCUGGCCAGCCUCCCUGGCUCCCCCUCUGCGGCUCUGAGCUAGCCCCACCCCCUGCCCCCCUCCGUCCAGGCCUCUGAUCAUCUGUGGACUCCGAGGUCGGCUGCGGGCUCACGGCCCCUGGGGCCAAGGACAGACCACAGCCCCUCGGCACCCACAGAGGCUGCCCCCAGCGGAGAGCAUGGGGGUGGGCCACCCCACCAGGUACGUGCCUUCACGCAAGGCCCCGCCAAGCCAGCCCCUCCUGCUCUGCUGCAUUCCCCCAUCCACCCCUGCUCCAGCAUCCUUGUCCUGAGCGUGGCCCCCUCAGGGAGGCCCUGUCUGCCCAUCAGCAACAGGCUCAGCGCCGGGAGAAUUGAGCCCCCAGGUCCAGUGCCUCCACCUCCCACCCCACCGCCUUUUUCUGCAUUUUCUCAUUGGUUCCCAUCCUCUGCUUCUUUCUCUUUGUCUCUCUGCUGUCUCUGUCUCUCUCCCUCUCUGCCUUCAGUUUCAUCUCCCCAUGUCAUCAUUUCUUAAAACAUUUUUUUCUCUUUUCACUUUUCCCCAAUUGCCCUGUCUACCUCUCCUCUGUCCCCCGUCUCUGGGUCUCUGUCCUCUGUCCUCUCAAGGUCUCUGUCCCCUUCCCUCUGGGUCUCUGUCCCCCUCUUUAUCUAGGUCUCUGUCCCUGUCUUCCUGGGUCUCUGUCCCCCUCUCUCUCUGGGUCUCUUUCCCCCCCCAGGUCUCUGUUCCCCCCUCUCUGGGUCUCUGUCCCCCUCUCUCUCUGGGUCUCUGUCCCACUCUUUGUCUGGGUUUCUGUUCCCCUCUCUCUGGGUCUGUGUCCCCCUCUCUCUCUGGGUCUCUGUCCCCUUCACUCUGGGUCUCUGUCCCCCCCCCAGGUCUCUGUCACACCCUCUCUCAGGGUCCCUGUAUUUUUCUCGGGAUACCCCCUCAGCACCCCUCUUCCUCCCUGUCUCUGCACCUCCUUGUCUUUCUGCAGUCUCUGCUUUCCAACCUGCCUUCCAGCCUCCACUGGUAGGUGGGGAGUGAAUGGGAACACCCUGGUUUGGGAAGAGUGAGAAUAUGUUGAUUUGUGGGGGUGGGGUGGGGGUGGGGCCUGGGGCGGGGCUUCUUGGCCUCAGAUUAGACAGUGACUUUGACACGAAGUUGAAGCACCUUAAGCCCUGUGUCUCCUUUAUAUGGAAACAUUAAGCUGCUCUCGAAGGUCAGGUGGAGGAUCCCUUUCCCUUCUGCCCUGAUUUUGCCGGGAAGGGGCUGCCCUGAGCCCUAGUAGCAGCCAGCCUGGGAGCUGGACCAUGUUGGCCGCAGACAGCCUCCUGGUGAAAGUCCCGUCAGCUUUGGGAGGUAGACACAGGUCUGCCUCACAGGGCUGAAGUGGGACUGGAGGAUUUCAGGGCCAGAGUUCUGGAAAGGAAAGAAAGGCUGAGGACCCAACUAGCAUUCCCCCUGGUACUGGGGGUGGGGCCCUGGCCAGCUCAUGGCGUUCCCAGAGCCCCUUUCCUGACUGUGCAAGGAGUAAUGAUCUUCACCUCCCGGCAUCCUGAGCAGUCAAGGUGAGCAUGGGGUCUGAGGGGCCCAGUGGGGGCUCAUCUCGAGGCCCCGGAUGUACUGGGUGUGUGUGAAGCCAGAGUGCGUUCAGGAAGACUGUGGUUUGGCACUCGGGCUGCGGCUCCCGGGAGGCCUGGGUGGGAGGCUGGGUUUUGCCGCCCCUCUCCCCACUAGCUGAGGGGCCUGCGACAAGGGACUGACCUGAGCCUCAGUUGGCUUUUCUGUGAAUAGCCAGGUCCCUUCAUCAAAGGGCUUUGGUGAGAGAUGGACAAGUGGGGGUGUGAGGCCCAGGCUGGGGGACGGGAGCACAGGUCAGCGUCAGUGUCCGCUUGCCUCCCCCAGCCCGUGGGGGAGGGGGUUCCUGAAGGUGGAACCAGCGCAGAGUGGGGAUCCCCAGGCCAGGUGGGGCUGCAUGUGUAGACGCUAGGUCCUGAAUGCUGACCUCCAGACUGCCCCCCGGGCACAGAGCCUACUUCCCCUUUUUGGGAGAACGUUCUCUAACAUGCAGGGCUGGCGAGGCUGAGACAGAGCCGAGGAUGGGGUACAUUUUGGGCUCUGGGCACAGCCAGGCUUGGUCCCCUCUUACCUCAGCCUCAGCUUUCCCUCUUUGAAGUGGACCUAACAAACCCCCGAAUGGCAAGGCUGCCCAGGCGGUUGCAGGCAGGAGGUGCACAGCUUGGGAAGACCCAGUUGGUGCCAAACGUGGCAUCGUCUCAUGGUCUUCCCAAAUGGAGUGUGCCAGGCCCUGCCAACAACCCCAUGAGGAUCCCCAGGUCCUGGCACAACGGAUAUGGACACGUGGUACAUAGGCGCUUGGUGAAUGUUGGUGAAAUUGGUAUGCAAAUUCUGUAGCCCCAGUAUGGUUUGUCCUAAUCCAGCCAGUUCCUGGGAAGUCCCCUCACCACAGGGCCAAGUGUUGGUUAACCUUAGUUAACCCUCAAGCCAAUGAGGUGUGCGGGUCCACAUCCUGCCCUUUCCUUUCCUCCAGCCUGACAGGCUGCUGGGACUCCCUCCAUUUCUUCCUUUAUAAUUUUUUUUUGAGACGGAGUCUCGCUGUGUUGCCCAGGCUGGAGUGCAAUGGCAUGAUUUCGGCUCACUGCGACAACCUCUGCCUCCUGGGUUCAAGCCAUUUUCCUGUCUCAGCCUCCUGAGUAGCUGGGAUUACAGGCAUGCGCCACCAUGCCCGGCUCAUUUUUGUAUUUUUAGUAGAGACAGGGUUUCACCAUCUUGGCCAGGCUGGUCUCAAACUCCUGACCUCAUUAUCCACCCGCCUCAGCCUCCCAAAGUGCAGGGAUUACAGGUGUGAGCCACCGCACCCAGCUAUUAAUAUUAUUUUGAGACAUAGUCUUGCUUCAUUGCCAAGUGCCAGGCUGGAGUGCAGUGGCGCGAUCACGGCUUACAGCAACCUCCGCCUCCCAGGUUCAAGCAAUUCUCCUGCCUCAGCCUCCUGAGCAGCUGGGACUACAGGUGCAUGCCACCAUGCCCAGCUAAUUUUUGUAUUUUUAGUAGAGAUGGGGUUUCACCAUGUUGGCCAGGAUGGUCUUGAUCUCUUGACCUUGUGAUACGCCCACCUCGGCCUCCCAAAGUGCUGGGAUUACAGGUGUGAGCCACCGCGCCCGGCCUAUUUGGAUUAUUUAUUUUUUAGAGAGAGGGUUUCACCAUCUUGUCAGGCUGGUCUCAAACCCCUGGUCUCAUGCAAUCCUCCUGAGUUCCCGAGUUGGACUCCCCAAGUGCUAGGAUUACAGGUGUGAGCCACUGCGCCUGCCUCUUUUUUUUUAAAGGGACAGGAUCUUGCCCUGUUGCCCAGGCUGCAAUGCAGUGGUGCAAUCAUAGCUCACUGCAGCCUUGAACUCCUGGGCUCAAGUGAUCCUCUCACCUCAGCCUCCAGAGUAGUUGUGUUACUGUGACUGGAUAAUCUUUGUUUUAAGGUAGGGUCUCGCUAGGUUGCCCAAGCUGGUCUCAAACUCCCCGGUUCAAAUUAUCCUCCCACCUUGGCCUCCCAAAGUGCUGGGAUUGCAGGUGUGAGCCACCAUUCCCCGCCCUCAGGCCUCCUGGCAUUUCACAGAUGAGAGAGCUGGGGCUCAGGAAAGGAUGUACCCGUCCUCAGUCACACCUAGUAGGUGACUGACCAAAUUGAGUCUCUGGAAAAGGAAGCCAGAGAUCCCAGGGCACAUAGGUGUGAGCAACUAAGCCAGGACUGGGCUCCGGGUCCACAUGACAAGAAGGCCCUUCCUGCUCACUCAGAAAGACUUGCCAGAGACCAGAGGGCCAGGCAUAAGCCCAUCUCAUUUAUUUAUUUUACAGUAGCUUCAUCGGAGUCUGUCCACAUGUGAUGCACUCAUUACAGUGUACAGUGCAGUGGCAUUUAGUGUGUACACAAUUGUGCAGCCAUCACAAUUAAUUUCUUUGUUUUGUUUUUUUUUUUGAGAUGGAGUCUUGCUUUGUCGCCCAGGCUGGAGUGCACUGGUGCGGUCUCAGCUCACCGCAACCUCCACCUCCUGGGAUUAUAGGUGCGGGUUACCACACCCAGCUACUUUUCAUAUUUUUAGUAGAGACAGGGUUUCACCGCAUGGGCCAGGCUAGUCUCGAACUCCUGACCUCUGGUGGUCCGCCCACCUGGGCCUCCCAAAGUGCUGGGAUUACGGGUGAGCCACUGCAUCCCCCAGCGUAAUAUUUUCAGGGUUUAUUCACGUUGUUGCAUGUAUCAAUACUUCAUUUCUCUUUAUUGUCAAGUACUAUAUUUGGAUGAAUGGAUCACAUUUCAUGUAUUCAUUAGUUGGUUGAUGUUUGGGUUUCCACCUUUUGGCUGUUGUGAGUAAUGCUGCUGUGAACAUUUGUGUACAAGUUUUUGCAUCUGUUUUCAUUUCUCUUGGGUACAUAAAUAGGAAUGCAAUUGCUGGGUGAUGUGGUAAUUCUAUGUUUAACCGUUUAAGUACCUGCCAGACUGAUUCCUACAGCAGCUGGAAUUUUCCAUUCCCCCCAGCAGUGUAAGAGGGUGCCAAGUUUUCCACCUUCUUGCCAACACUUUUAUUAUUAUUAUUAUUAUAGCCUUUGUUUGUUUCUUGAGACAGAGUCUUGCUCUGUUGCCCAGGCUGGAGUGCAAUGGCGCGAUCUCGGCUCACUGCAACCUCCGCCUCCUGAGUUCAAGCGAUUCUCUUGCCUCAGCCUCCUGAGUAGCUGGGAUCACAGGCACAUGCCACCAUGCCCAGCUAAUUUUCUGUAUUUUUAGUAGAGAUGGGGUUUCACCAUGUUGGCCAGACUGGUCUCGAACUCCUGACCUAGGAAUCCGCCCACCUCGGCCUCCCAAAGUGCUGGGAUUACAGGUGUGAGCCACCACACCCGGCCUAUUAUAGCCAUUCUAAGUGGGUGCAAAGUGGUAUUCCCUUGUGGUUCUGAUUUGCAUUUCUCUGGUGGCUAAUGACGUGGAGCAUCUUUUCAUAUGUUUAUGAGCCAUUUGUAUAUCUUCUUAGGAGAAACGUCUGUACAUCCUUCUCUUGGUUUUUUUGUGCCUUGGCCUCCAGAGUAGCUGGAACUAUAGACACGCACCAGUAGGCCAAGCUGAUUUUGGAUUUUUAGUAAGAGGCAGGAUUUCACCAUGUUGGCCAGGCUGGUCUCGAACUCCUGAGCUCAAGUGUUCCAGCUGCCUUGGGCUCCCAAACUGUUAGCAUUAUAGGCAUGAGCUGCUGUGCCUGGUCCCCUUUGCCCACUUUUAAAUUGGGUUAUUUGAGCUGGACACAGCGGCUGACACCUGUAAUCCCAGCACUUUGGGAGGUUAGGGUGGGUAGAUCACUUGAGGCCAGGACCAGCCUGGCUAACAUGGUGAAACCCUGUCUCUACUUAGAAAAAUUAGCUGCGCAUGGUGGUGCGAGUCUAUAAUUCCAGCUACUCUGGAGGCUAAGGCAGCAGAAUCUCUUGAACCCAGGAGGUGGAGGUUGCAGUGAGCCGAGAUUGCACCACUGCUCUCCAGCCUGGUGACAGAGCGAGACUCUUAUCUCAGAAAAAAAAGCAUUAUUUAUCUUUUCAUUAUUGAGUUGCAAGGUCUGUCUAGAUACAAGUUCCUCAUCAAGUAUAUGAUUUGCACCUACAAUAUCUUCUCCCAUUGGGGGGUUGUCUUUUUCCCUUUUGUAAAAAGAAUUUGUGAGACAAGGUUUUGCUCUUUCACCCAGGCUGGAGUACAGUGGUGCAGUCUUAAUUCAGACUCCUGGGCUUCAGUGAUCCUCCCACCUCAGGCUUCCAAGUAACUAGGACUACAGGUUUGCAACACUACACCUGGCUAAUGUUUGUUUGUUUGUUUAUUCAUUCAUUCAUUCACUUGAGAUGGAGUUUCACUCGUUACCCAGGCUGGAGUGCAAUGGCACAAUCUCGGCUCACCGCAACCUCUGCCUCCUGGGUUCAGGCAAUUCUCCUGCCUCAGCCUCCUGCUAAUGUUUUAUUUUUUAAAGACCUGUGCUAUGUUUCCCAGGCUGGUCAUAAACUCCUGGGCUCGAGUGAUCCUUCCGCCUUGGCCUCCCAAAGCACUGGGAAGCAGGUGUGUGCCACCUCACCUGGCCUUUCUUCACUUUAUUGAUAGUCUCUUUGGGAGCACAAAGGUUUUUUGGUUCUGGCCGGGUGUAGUGGCUCAUGCCUGUAAUCCCAAUACUUUAGGAGCCCAAGGUGGGAAGAUCACUUGAGGUCAGGAGUUCAAGACCAGUCUGGCCAACAUGGCAAAACCCCAUCUCUACUAAAAAUACCAAAAUUAGCCAGGUGUGGUGGCGCACACCUGUAAUCCUAGCUACUUGGGAGGCUGAGGCAGGAGAACCCCUCGAACCCAGGAGACAGAGAUCACAGUGAGCCGAGAGUGCACCACUGCACUCCAUUCUGGGUGACAGACUGAGAGUCCAUCUCAAAAAAUAAAAGUUUUUUAGUUCUGAUUUAUAGCGUCCAGCCUUAUAGGGUUCUGUGAGCCCCUCCCUGUUGGUGUGGAGACAAGAGACUGCAGACACAGAGAUAGAGAAGAGAGUGUGGGCUCGGGAGUCCACUGCCAGCCAAAGCACGGAGACCUGCAGUGGCCCCGAGUGCCCAGACGCUCUGACUUUUAUUGAGUACAAAGCAGGGGGCAGGUAAGGUAGGGUGAGGUAAUGGUGGUCGGUGGUAGGGUCAGGUAAAUCACGAAUCACGUGUCUUGAAGAUAAGGGGCCCAGGACUUUCAAGUAGCCGAGGCGAGGAAAAAAGCUAAUGCGUCACAGCUCUUCAUAUAUUUGUCACAAAUAUCAAGGACACUAAGAUUACGUUACCAUUAUUAAUUCUUAGCUUUUAAGAAAAAGAUAAACCAGGUGCAGAAGGGGAGCGUGAGAGCAGACCUGGAACGUGAGCACCGAAGCACAGCAUCACAUGGAGACAGUUAAGCUCCCGGAUGUCUGCGGGUCUCCCUGAGCCAUCAGGCCUUGCCACAAGAGCUUGGAGAAGCGGAGUUUUCUCCUAACUUCCCCGGGAAGGACAUGUCUGUCAUUUUGGACGUCUCCUUCCCUAGCUGGUGAUGCCACACAGCCGAGGCGCCCUCCCCUCCAGCAGCCCUUAUGCGGGCGUGACAGAGGCUUAGGGCAUCUUGCCUUAGGGUCACCUUGUUCACAAUGUCACCUCAGUUCCAUGCUUCAUAACCUGAGUCAUUAGUACAAUUAAAGGUUAUAGUGGGUAUGUAUCUUUAUGAGUAACUAUAAGAUUAUAUAUGAUUAUAUAAAGGAAUAACUAUGUGCCUACAUUUCUAAUUUUCUAAAUCAGUACUUACAUGGGAACAGGCUUCAGAUCCUUGCCAUGGCACUUGCGGGCCUCCCCCUACAGAUUCAGUUCCGUUGAUGUAAGUUUUUCCUUUUGUUACUUUGUGAGCCUGUUCUUGAACCACAGCUGACCUCAGAGCACUGAGGCAUCUCUCUGUGUCAAGAAGCAGCUACACCUUACAGUUACGAGCAUGGCCUCUGGAGCUGGACUGCUAGCACUCAAAUCCCACUUUACUUUGCUGUGGUCUUGGGGAAGUUACUUAAACUUUCUGUGCUUCAGUUUCCUCAUCUAUAAAAUGGGGUAAUGAUGUCUGCCUCAUAGGCCUGCUCUGAGGCUCUAAUAUGUAAAAUCAUGUAAAGUGCUUACAACAGCCUCCAAACUGGCUGAGCGAGGUGGCUCACGCCUAUAAUCCCAGCACUUUGGGAGGCUGAGGCGGCGGAUCACCAGAGGUCGGGAGUUUGAGACCAGCCUGGCCAACAUGGUGAAACCCCAUGUCUACUAAAAAUGCAAAAAUUAGCCAGGCGUGGUGGGGCAUGCCUGUAAUCCCAGCUUCACAGGAGGCUGAGACAGGAGAAUAGCUUGAACCCGGGAGGCAGAGGUUACAGUGAGCCAAGAUUGCACCACUGCAUACCAGCCUGGGCAACAGAGCUAGACUCCAUCACAAAAAAAAAAAAACCCUCCAAACUGUAUAAACAGCGUAAUUGAUAGGACACAUGAUAAAUUCAGUACAUAAAUUUAGCACUGUAUAAAUGCAUGCUGUAAUUACUGUGGCACCUGCCAUAAUGUUCUAGUAUUUUCACUGCUGUACAAGUAUCCACUAACAGUAUUAUUGCUGCUUAUUCUGCAUCUUCCAACCUGGAAGUGAGUAUGGGCCGGGUAAGAUGGCUCACGCCUGUAAUCCCAACACUUCUGGAGGCUGAGGAGAGAAGAUCGCUUAAGGCCAGGAGUUUGAGACCAGCUUGGGAAAUACAGCCAGGUCCCUGUCUCUAUAAAACAAAAAUUAAAUUAAUAAAACAUUCUUAAAAAGAAGGUGGCAGCGGGGUGCGGUGGCUCACACUUGUGAUCCCAGCACUUUGGAAGGCUGAGGCGGGCAGAUCAUGAGGAGGAGAUUGAGACCAUCCUGGCUAACAUGGUAAAACCUGUCUCUACUAAAAAUACAAAAAAUUAGCUGGGUGUGAUGGUACGCGCCUAUAGUCCCAGCUACUUGGGAGGCUGAGGCAGGAGAAUCACUUAAACCCGGGAGGUGAAGGUUGCAGGGAGCCGAGAUUGCACCAUAGCACUCCAGCCUGGGCAACAGAGUGAGACUGUCUCAUUUAAAAAAUAUAUAUAUAUAUACCGUUGGCUCAGGCCUGUAAUCCUAGCACUUUAGGAGGCCAAGGUGGGUGGACCGCCUGACAUCAGGAAUUCGAGACCAGCCUGGGCAACAUGGUGAAAUCCCAUCUCUACUAAAAAUAGAAAAAUUAGCUGGGUGUGGUGGCGUGUGCCUGUGGCCCCAGCUACUCAGGAGGCUGAGGCAGGAGAAUCGCUUGAACCCGGGAGGUGGAGGUUGCAGUGAGCCGAGAUUGCACCAUUGCACUCCAGCCUGGCUGACAGAGCAAGACUCCAUCUCCAAAAAGAAAAAGAAAAGUUGGGGGCACCCGCCCCCCAGUAGGCCAAGUGGAGGGGGUCCCUCCGCCCAAUGGGCCUGGCCAGGGCCCUACGCCGCCUUAGCGGCGUCCUGGAUUCUGGGGACAGCCGGGCUGGCGAUGAAGAGGAGGCCGGACCAGGGCUGUGCCGCAACGGGUGGGCGCCAGCGCCGGUGCAGUCACCGGUGGGCCGGCGCCGCGGUCGCUUCGUCAAGAAGGACGGGCACUGCAACGUGCGCUUCGUGAACCUGGGCGGCCAGGGCGCGCGCUACCUGAGCGACCUGUUCACCACGUGCGUGGACGUGCGCUGGCGCUGGAUGUGCCUGCUGUUCUCCUGCUCCUUCCUCGCCUCCUGGCUGCUCUUCGGCCUGGCCUUCUGGCUCAUUGCCUCGCUGCACGGCGACCUGGCCGCCCCGCCACCGCCCGCGCCCUGCUUCUCGCACGUGGCCAGCUUCCUGGCCGCCUUCCUCUUCGCGCUGGAGACGCAGACGUCCAUCGGCUACGGCGUGCGCAGCGUCACCGAGGAGUGCCCGGCCGCCGUGGCCGCCGUGGUGCUGCAGUGCAUCGCCGGCUGCGUGCUCGACGCCUUCGUCGUGGGCGCCGUCAUGGCCAAGAUGGCCAAACCCAAGAAGCGCAACGAGACGCUGGUCUUCAGCGAGAACGCCGUCGUGGCGCUGCGCGACCACCGCCUCUGCCUCAUGUGGCGCGUCGGCAACCUGCGCCGCAGCCACCUGGUGGAGGCCCACGUGCGGGCCCAGCUGCUGCAGCCUCGUGUGACCCCAGAGGGUGAGUACAUCCCUCUGGACCACCAGGAUGUGGACGUGGGCUUUGAUGGAGGCACCGAUCGUAUCUUCCUCGUGUCCCCCAUCACCAUCGUCCAUGAGAUCGACUCGGCCAGUCCUCUGUAUGAGCUAGGACGCGCUGAGCUGGCCAGGGCUGACUUCGAGCUGGUGGUCAUUCUCGAGGGGAUGGUUGAGGCCACAGCCAUGACCACACAGUGUCGCUCAUCCUACCUCCCUGGUGAACUGCUCUGGGGCCAUCGUUUUGAGCCAGUUCUCUUCCAGCGUGGCUCCCAGUAUGAGGUUGACUAUCGACACUUCCACCGCACUUACGAGGUCCCAGGGACGCCGGUCUGCAGUGCUAAGGAGCUGGAUGAACGGGCGGAGCAGGCUUCCCACAGCCUCAAGUCUAGCUUCCCCGGCUCUCUGACUGCAUUUUGUUAUGAGAAUGAACUUGCUCUGAGCUGCUGCCAGGAGGAAGAUGAGGACGAUGAGGCCGAGGGAGGGAAUGGGGAGGAGACAGAAGAUGGGGCUACCAGCCCCCGAGUUCUCACACCGACCCUGACGCUGACCCUGCCUCCGUGAUGCAAACUGAUGUCCCCUUCCCCGUAUGUGCCCCCUUCCCCGAGGUAGCAAGAUGGAGAGAUAGGGUUCUCUCCUGGGAUGGGGGCAUGUGUUCUCGACCAACAGGCCUGCUGGGCAAAUGGCUAGGUGGUAAGGUUCUGCUAUGCAUGGUGACCCACCAUGGACAUUCUGGACCUUAAUUCCUCUGCUUCUGUGCUCCCUCCUGAGACCCCUUUAUGAGCCUAAUUCCUGAGUCUCACCAGAAUUCUGGAUCACCCAAGAGGAAAAGACUGCUGGUUCUAGAUUCCUCUGUAUGGGUGGAACUGGAUUGCUACCAGGGUGAGAAACCAGUGGUAUAGACCACUUCUGGGGGAGCAAGCUGGGAGUUCUUGGCCAGCAUCACAGAUCAAGGGUUUGUAGGUCUGGAUUCACCUAAGAUUCCAGGGAGUGUUGCUUCUCAACUCAGCCAACCCAGCAGCAAAACACUGGUUGUAGACCACCUAGGAGGGAAGGUCAUGGAAUGCCCCGGGCAUUCAGGAUCAUCUUGGUUGACCAAAGACAAAAAGAAAUGGUGACUGCAAGUCAAGCAAAGACCUGUGGUUCCAGGAAGCCCAUUAGUUGAGAUUCUGUGCGUCUAGGUUGACCACAGAAGCAGGCACUGGUGAUUCUAGGACAGCUCUGACCUGGAGAGUUGAACUGCUCCAGAAACUAAAGAGUAAUGUUUCUAGAAUGCACAAAACAUGGGUGAGUCUGUGGGUUCAGAAAGGCUAAAGUGACAGAUUAGGAGUUCUUGACAUGAGACGACUCCGUCUUUGGGCUGUAGAGCAUCCAGCCAAGAGAGUAAGCAAUGUUUCUAAAGGAUCCACAGGGUGGGUUGUUUUUCUUAAAAGUGCCAUUCUAGAAUGUCUAAAGGGAAUCGGGAUUCUGUGGGUCUAGACUGAUCACAGAGUCGAGGAAGCAGGGGCCAUUCUGGAUGUCUAAGAUUUUCCUGGUUCCAGUUUGGCCAAUGGAGUUGAGAAUCUCAAUGAUUCUAGAUGACGUCUUGUGGUUCUGUAAUGCCAAAAGGAAGUAAGGCUCCGGGGUUCCAGAGUUGUCCAUGACCAAAGCCUGGAAGUUCUCGUCACCUCCAGGUGGAACGCUUGGCAGUGCUAGGAAGCGGACUCAGGACUUGAGAAGCAGCAUUUCUGGGCUGACCUAGGAGGUGAGGGUUCAGGCCAGACCCUGGAGGGCACAGGGCUGAUCAGUGGACAAAGGAAGGGGGAGGCCCAGGGCUGGUGAGUCUAGAAUGCUCUGGAACCCUGAACCUAGUGAUAUGUGUCUAUUUCUUUCUUUUUUUCUUUUUUUGAGACAGAGCCUCACUCUGUCGCCCAGGCUGGAGUGCAGAGGUGCGACCUCAGCUCACUGCAACCCCCACCUCCCAGUUUCAAGCGAUUCUCCUGCCUCAGCCUCCCAAGUGGCUGGGAUGGCAGACAUGAGCCACUAUGCCUGGCUAAUUUUUGUAUUUUUAGUAGAGAUGGGGUUUUGCCAUGUUGGCCAGGUUGGUCUUGAACUCCCGACCUCAGAUGAUCCACCCACCUCAGCCUCCAAAAGUGCUGGGAUUACACAUGUGAGCCACCGUGCUCGGCCAUGUGUCUACUUCUUAAAGAUCUUAUACAUAUAUGUGUAUUAUAUAUAUGUAUAUAUAUAAUAUAAAUACAGAUAUCUAUUUUUUCCCCUGGUCCCUACAACAAGCUUAAAAAUGGAGCACUAGCUAAUUGGAAUGAGGUCCUUUUCAAGGGCCCAAGAAGCUUUGCUGUAAAUCCCAGUGCCGCCCCAACUACUGUGUCCCUUCGGACUCCGCUUCAUGUCAGUUUCCCCACCUGUAAAGUCCUUCAGGGGCCUUUCCAGCAGGAUGAGUCCUCACCUCACCAAGGGUGGGAUGGGGAUUUGAGUCCUGGGGAUUUCCCCACUCCCCCCAGUGCUCGAUCAUACGGGGAGGUUGGGAUGGAAGACACUCGGGGAGGCUGGCUCUGAACUCAGGUGUCUGAAUCACAGGGCAAGGGGAGGCGUGGGCUGUGGCUCACAGCCAGAGUCCCUUCCCUGGCCCAGCUUGGGGACCUGGGAAGGAGGAAGUAGCUCUGGACACCAAGGUUCUUCCCACUGUGGGUGUUUUAGGGGGAGACCUCUCCCCCAGAUUAAAGAAUUAGGAGCCCCA